CAUUCUGUUCCAUAAAAGAGCAGCUCCCUCCUGUUUCUCUCCCUAGGAUCACUCCCCACCAUGCCUCUGUUCAGCUGGAUGAAAUGGUCCCGUGAAGCAGAAGAGCCAGUGAAGGAUGAGGGGCCGUGCCUGCAGAGCCCGGGGGCAGCGGCCGGCCACAUGUUGCUCAGAGAGCUGCUGUGGCAUGUGGAGGAGCGAGAGCGCCUCGCUCGGCGGCUGGAGCGCGAGCAUCGCCUGGCCCUGGGCCUCCGGUGGUUCCAGAAGUACCCCAGGCUGCGGACGCUGAUCCCCGCGGCCGAACUCCUGCACCUCGAGGGCCUGUGCUCUCGGGUCCCCCCGACCCACUCCGCCGCCGUUCUCUCCAGGUUCCGCGAGGCGCUGGCCACCGACCGCGUUCUGCCCUGGGAGCCAGUGUUGGUCUUCAAGCAGGUGUUGGGAGACUUCCUCAGCAGAGAAGAAUUGGAGGGAGUGGAGCAUUCGGGGCCCCAAGCCGAGCUCCGACCCACGGAGGCAUGGACCGACCGCUACCAAGUGAAGCGUGGCCACAUCACUCCUACCGCGCUGACAUGCACCGAGCCGGCGAGGGAGGAGAUCCCCACCAUCUCUGGAUAUGUGGACCGGGCCAUGCAGCGCUCUGACUCUUUAGCUGGCUACAGGGACUGGGGUGUUCCUCUACACUUCCCAGUUCCUGUGAGGGCCACAGUAGGAUAUAGCACUACGAUUUGA